AUGUUCGUAAACAAUCUCGUCAUUUUUCUCGCAGCGCUUCCAGCCAUUGUGGUCUCGUCGCCAGCAGGCCUCCACGAUAACGACUACGGAAAUGGCGGGAGGUAUGGCUUCAAGAGCUGUAAAGAUAGGGGGGUUAGGCCCGGCAAAGUUAGCUGUAUCAAUUUUGAUUCAAUCGAAACCAAUGCCACCACGGGGUUGGCAACUGUUCCAAAAGACUACACAGGGUUAACGUUUAGCCCGCAAUGGUCUGUCAUCAACGUUACAGCUUCCAAAAACAAACUACCCGCCGGAAACUACCACUCUGCAGUAUCGAAGCCAAAUGCUCUCAUUGGGUCGAAGUACAAUCCUAAUAACAAGAACGACCGAUGCCCCGCAAGCUUCAGUGUAAAGGAUGGAACAUUUGAUUUAUUUGGAUUCUACGUUCAACCUAUGGGAAGUCCGCCUCCGGGUGUGUGGGUGAAUGUCAUUGGGCACCCAGCCGAUGAGAAGGAGAAACCUUUUGAGCAUUCUUUUGAAUUUUCUCAUGAUGUAGUUAGGCCAAGUUACUUCGAUACAGAUAAGGAUGUACCAGAUCCAAGACUCUGGAAUAAUCUGAAGAAGGUCGAAGUGUGGAGUACAUAUGGUGAAAUGGAUUGGGAGUUCUUUGUGGAUGAUAUCUGGGUUCGAUGGGGAAAUGAGACGGAGUCUACAUUUACAGCCCAGAAUAACGAGUUGAGAUAA